GCAUCACCUCCUCCAUCUUCCUCCCCCGUACCGUCUUCCGUCGGUCUUUUACUGCCACCCGCCAACAUGGGUAUCGGAGACAAGGACGAUGGCUCGCCCGUCGUGAACCAGACUAUCGUGGAGAAGCGUCUGGACUACGACUCUGAGUCGCACACGGGCUCAGUUCACGCGGAGGGCACUUUGAAGCGUCAGCUCAAGAACAGGCAUAUCGCUAUGAUUAGUAUCGGUGGUGUCAUCGGUACUGGGUUGUUCUUGGGUACGGCUUCUUCACUGGCACAGGGCGGGCCUAUCGGCCUCUUGCUCGGUUUCCUGGUCGUCGGCACGGUCUGCUAUAGCGUCAUGAUCUCCCUCGGAGAAAUGAUUGCUUUCCUUCCUAUUCCUGGUGGACACAUCAAGCUGGCUGAACGCUUCGUGGAUCCUGCUUUCUCAUUCACGAUGGGAUGGAAUUACUGGUACAACUGGACAAUCAUCUUGCCCGCGGAGCUAAGUGCGGCCGCCAUCCUCAUUGACUUCUGGGAUUCGAAGGUCAACAAUGCGGCAUGGAUCACAAUGUGUCUCGUCGUCGUAAUCACCAUCAACAUGUUCGGCGCCGGCGCGUACGGAGAGGCUGAGUUUAUCUUCGCUUCAAUCAAGGUCAUCACUAUCGUUGGUUUGAUCAUCCUUGGUAUCGUCCUCGAUCUUGGCGGCGGCCCGAACCAUGAUCGCCUCGGUUUCCGGUACUGGAAGCAUCCUGGUCCAUUCGUUCAGUACGAUAACAUCGCUGGUGCGGAGGGCCGGUUCCUUGGCUUUGUAGCUGUCUUGACGCAAGCCGCAUUCUCGUUCAUCGGCACUGAGAUUGUUGCUAUUGCUGCUGGCGAGGCGAAGAACCCUCGUCGCAACUUGCCAAAGGCGAUCAAGCGGGUUUACAUCCGUAUCCUACUUUUCUACAUUGGUGGCGUCAUCGUAAUUGGCCUUCUCGUUCCCUCGAAUACCAAAAAUCUCGGUAUCGGUGCGUCCAACGCCGCUAAGUCGCCUUUUGUCAUCGCCAUCAAGAAUGCGGGCAUAAAGGGUCUACCAUCCGUUAUCAACGCCGCACUCUUGACUUCGGCUUGGUCGGCUGCGUCUAGUGACUUGUACACUUCUUCCCGUGCACUAUACGGUCUUGCUCUUGCCGGCAACGCUCCCAGGUUCUUCACCAAGGUUACACGUGGCGGUCUUCCCAUCGUUUCUCUCAUCUUCUGUGCACUCUUCUCCUGUCUUGCGUACAUGGGUGUCUCCACUGGGGCCGGCAAGGUCUUCAAUUGGUUCGUCAACAUGACCUCUAUCGCCGGAUUGAUGACUUGGUUCGGAAUUUCCCUCACGUAUAUCCGCUUCUACCGGGGGUUCAAGCUUCAAGGCUUUGAUCGUUCAACGCUCCCGUAUGCGCAUUUCCUGCAGCCAUUCGCUGCGUGGUACGCUCUCAUCAUGUGCCUCAUCAUCUGCUUCUUUUCGGGCUGGGCUGUGUUCCUGAAGGGUAACUGGGACACCGCUACUUUCGUCACGAACUAUCUCCCCUUCGUGCUGUUCCCUAUCCUCUAUAUUGGCGCGAAGAUCUACUUCCGCACACCGCUCGUGAGGCUCGAAGAGAUGGACUUCGUGAGCGGUCUGAAGGAGAUCGAGGCUGAUACCUACGACGAGCCCCCUCCGAGGAACUGGGUUGAGCGUUUCUGGUCUUGGCUGAUGUAAAACGUCGUCCGACGACCGAUAUCUAUCCAACCUGCUGCUGUAAUACUUGGGAUCUGUUGUAAUGCCCCAUCAUGCACAUACGCAUUGACGCGCAUACUCGUGCAAUGCUGUCAUUUACUGUACUGUAGAUAUAUAUAGGGAUCUGUAUAUCCUGGACAACCGAUUAUAUAGGAGGAUCCCGUCUUAUCC